AUGCCAGUCGAGGAAUCCAAGCCGGUCGACGAAAAGGUCAGCGCGGUCGACGCCGAGCUCAAGGCCAAGCAGGCCGCGGCCGAGUCCGAGGGCGAGUCCGAGGAUGACGAGCCGACAACAGCGGGUGACGAUGCCGCCGCAGCGAGCGGCUCCGGCGCCGCGGCGGCGGGCAAGAAAAAGAAGAAGUCGAAGCGCAAGAAGGCCAAGGAGCUGCUGACGGGCAAGUCGGGCUCGGGCUCGAGCGACCGCGACGACACCGAGGCGGACCUCAAGAGGGCCAUCGGCGGGCUGACGCCGCAGCAGCUGCAGGAGCUCAUGGCGCUGAAUCCCGCGCUGGCGGGCGAGCUGGCGGCGGCGUCGGGCAGCGCGAACCCGUCGCCGGACCAGAUGGCGGAGAUGCUCAAGAAGAUGAACCUGCAGGACAUCAUGACGGGGCUGGCGGCGGCGGGCAAGAACGCCAAGGAUAUGGCCUCGUACAAGUUCUGGCAGACGCAGCCGGUGCCGCGCUUCGGCGAGGACGACAAGACGGUCGAGGAGGGCCCGCUCAAGAUCCAGACGGUCGACGAGAUCCCCAAGGAGCCGGCGCCGCUGGUGGCCGGCUUCGAGUGGGUGGAGAUGGACCUGACCAACGACGACGAGAUCAAGGAGAUUUACGAGCUGCUCAACGGCCACUACGUCGAGGACGACGAGGCCAUGUUCCGCUUCAACUACGGGCCCGGCAUCCUGAAAUGGGCCAUGAUGCCUCCCGGCUGGGCCAAGCACUACCACGUCGGCGUCCGCGCCACCCAGUCCCGCAAGCUCGUCGCCUUCAUCUCCGCCAUCCCCGUGCGCGUGCGCGUCCGCAACAAGGUCAUCACCUGCUCCGAGGUCAACUUCCUCUGCGUCCACAAGAAGCUCCGCGGCAAGCGCCUGGCGCCCGUCCUCAUCAAGGAGAUCACCCGCAUCAGCAACCUGCACGAGAUCUGGCAGGGCCUGUACACGGCCGGCAUCGUCUUGCCCAGGCCCAUCAGCACCUGCCGCUACUACCACCGCUCACUCAACUGGCAGAAGCUGUACGAGUGCAACUUUGUCCACCUGCCCAACGGCAGCAAGCCCCAGUACCAGAUCCGCAAGUAUGCCGUGCCGGACCGCACCUCCACCAAGGGCCUGCGCGAGAUGAAGCCGGCCGACAUGGAGGCCGUUGUCAAGCUGAUGGACAAGUACAUGAAGCGCUUCGACAUUGCCCCUGAGAUGACAGUCGAGGAAGCAACCCACUGGUUCUGCCCCACCGUCGAGGCAGGUCAGGACCAAUACAUUUGGUCUUACGUCGUCGAGGACGAUGAGAAAAACAUCACCGACUUCUUCUCCUUCUACUGCAUCGAGUCCUCCGCCAUCAACAACCCCAAGCACGACGUCAUCCGCGUCGCCUACCUCUUCUACUACGCCACCGACGUCGCCUUCAAGGAGCCAUUUGACAAGGCCGCCCUCAAGGCCCGCCUCAACGACCUCGUCCACGACGCCCUCAUCCUCGCCAAGCUCGCCCGCUUCGACGUCUUCAACGCCCUGUCCCUCAUGGACAACGCGCUCUUCCUCGAGCAGCAGAAGUUUGGCGCCGGAGACGGCCAGCUGCACUACUACCUCUUCAAUUACAGGGCGAACCCUAUAGCGGGAGGCGUGGAUAAGAAGAACCAGCUUGAUGAGAAGAACCUCAGCGGUGUUGGAUUGGUGUUGCCUUAG